AUGAACUGGGAUGAAAGCAGCUCCGUUGCCUCCGGCCACAACAAAACAUACUAUCCAAGCGAGGAGCAACUGCUAAUCGAGCUCAAAAGCUCAGGGCUCUCUUGGAAAGAGAUCGAGAUUGAGUACAAUAAGAAUGUGCAGGAAGAUCGUCAGCGAACCGCAUCUGCUCUUGAGAAUAAAUGGCGGCAGCUUUGCAGAGACUUUCAAUUGCAGCUCCCGCGGUAA